CCCCCUGUGAUGCCAACCGCUCCGUGGCUGGUCUGAACAGCAUGUCUGUCGAUGCGGUAUAAUCUGAAAGCAAACCGGGACAUUAUGGGGCAGACGGUGUGUUGAUGGAGAUGCGACGGUGCAUGAAAGAGACAGUUGGCCUCUGCGGUGGGAUGAAGUAUGAUCGGCGAUAAACACGCAGAGGAACACCGAGAUAGAAAUCUAAGUCAACAUAAUCAGUCUGGACGUCGGGGGGGAAGAUAAGGACCGCGAUGGCUUCGAUGAAAACAACGUUAUUCGUGUUUCUACACUGGGGGCUCCACUACGCUGUGAGUCGCGACGUAUCUGUUCCUCCUGGGAUCCUUUACCGUGUCGCAGGGUUCCCCCUCUCCCUGCCCUGUGCUGUAUCGGGGUUCGAAGGACCACGUACGCAGGACUUUGAGUGGUACCUGUACAGGGAUGAUUCUGGUGGACAUCAGAUAGGUGUGGUGUCUACCAGGGACAAGGGCUUCCCUUACAACCCAUUUCAGACUCGGGUGAAGAAUGGGGAGGUGAGGGUGGAGAGGGACUCUGGGGACAAAGUCCGACUGGUGAUCCAGAGACUUCGAGCUGAAGACCAGGGGAAGUAUGAGUGCUACACACCCAGCACGGACAUGACAUACCAGGGGAACUACAGCGCCUCAGUGCCUGUCAAAGUGAUCCCUGACACACUCCAGGUCAGCUAUACCCGCUCCCUCACCAGCCAACCUGUGCCAGAGGGGGCCGAGUUAACUCUGACAUGCUCAGGAGGCAUACAAUCAGAGCAGCUCACCCAUCUGUCUGUCACGUUUGGAAAGCGUAAUAAUGGAGAGGGCUUGGGGGCUGAAGGUGGAGGGGAGUUCAGCAACAUAAGGGAGAUUAUCUCCAUCGACAAGCUGCUGGGGGUUGUCCCUGGACGUAUGUACAAGAAGCGGUACGAUGAUGGAGAGAUCACGCUUGAGAAGAGGAACAAGGAAGGGGGUCUGGGCGAGUACGUGAUGAAGAUGAGGGCAGUGCAGCCAGACGACAGCGGCUCAUAUUUCUGUGAGUCCACGCAGUGGAUUCGCGACCCCGAUCGAUCCUGGCAGAAGAUCGCCCAGAGGACGCUGGAUAUUGGCAACUUGACCGUUCAGCAACUAGCGGAGUCUCUGAGUAUAACGUCCUCUCCCAGAGGCGAGGUGACCCUGCAGGUGGGGGCUCCUCUCAUCCUGACCUGUGAGGUGUUAGGGCUGCCGUCUGAGGUAAACUCAGGGCUGCUGGUUCAGUGGAUGAAGAGGGGAUCAGCGAGCAGCGAUGGAGCUGGGAGUGGGGGGGUCGAGGUGGAAGUGGCCCGGUUAAGCCCGGACGGUGUUGUGAGUUGGGGAGACGACCUCAGCCGAGCUAGUGGGGGCUCCAUGGAGAAAGUGGGGGAGGGGAGAUAUACUCUGAAGCUGUUCUCAGGCCAGCCUUUAGACUCUGGGGUGUACCGGUGUGUGGUGAGUGUGUAUGCUGGAAGAGCAAACCCUGACCCGUCCACUCCUGUUACACUCACCCAGAGGUCUGAGGGAGUCACCGUCAACCUCAAAAGCAAAGAUGUGCUGGUUGCAGCUGUGGCUCAGCUCCCUCGAGGCCCACUGCUAAAAAGAGGCAGCACCAUCACCUUGAUCUGCAACGCCACCGUGACGACCACAGGUCCCGCCCAGGCACAGGUGCAGUGGCUGCGGUGGCCAAUCCCUGCUCGAGUUAUCAAGAAGGUGGAGAGCCCGGCAUCUGCUGUUACUGUACCGAAUCCCCCUGUGCAGGAUGGACCGAGCGUGAUAGCCGCCCUCAUGUACGACGGUGUUGCCGAGAUCUACGCUAACACUAGCGAAGUUAGCAUCGACCGCCUGUCGGGUAUCAGCUACAGACUCAGGGUCCACUCGGCUACAAUGGAUGAUCAGGGCAUGUAUGCGUGUCAUGCCCAGGCGUGGGGUCAGGACCCUCAUGGAGGCUGGUACAACACAGGGGCCAGAGCAGAGUCCAAUGCAGUGACCGUCUACCUGUAUUCCAGAGCUGAAGACCUCCUCCUCAUCCCUCUGGUUGUCGGCGUCUCUUCGGCCUUGUUUGUGGGCAUCCUCAUCAUCUCAACAGUGACCUGUUGCUUCAUGAAGCGACUGGCAAAGCAGCGCACUCCAAAAUAAGUUGACCCGCUGUUGCUGCCGAUCUGAAGUCUGAAUGUUUGCGAAGAGGCACAAAGACGUGAUGCCCAGAACAUAAUGGGCUAAAAAUGGUUGAGAAAUAACUUAAAGACAAGAAUGAAGUGAAAAAUGACCCUGCUGGUUUUCUGUGUUUAGACCUUUCUGUUUAACAACCAAUGCCAAAAGAUUCUGUUUUAAAUUAUCUUGUAUUUUUAUAUCCAAAACUCCUCUAGACAUAUUUUAGUCACCAUACAAUGACCCUUACUGGGCCAAGCCCUACAUUUUUUUAGACCAUUUUGAUGUUAGUUAACCUAGAUUAUUAAUGAUCCCUUUGUUGCAGAUUAACUUUCGGUCCAGAAUGGAAAAUGGUAAAAAUUGGCAAGAUUUUUGUGACAUGGUCAAAAGUAAAGAAGGUACUGCAGGUUUCUUUUGUUUCACAUGAGAGAAAUCUUUUAGUUGCAGUAAACAUUCUCAAGGAAAAUUCAAACAAACUACCCUCUUAAAAGUCAUUGUUUGAUUGUUUCAUUUUUAGAUCAACACAUUUCGUAACAGUUCUAUUUUCACACAAAGGAUAUUCUGUGUUUUCACAAAUUGUUUAUACUGUUCCAGUUGUUUUCCUCACACUGCGUGUUUUUCUUUUAAUGUCUAUGUCCGUCUGCAUGAUAAAGCCUCUAGCACUGCCACUGACAGUCACAUGAAUGCUGAUGGGAGCAGUUCAGCCUCCAAAACUUAAUAUAAGCAGGGACCUUCCACUGCUUGCAGCCCAAAACCACUCUGCAUGUAAACACAGUCUCUGUCUGUUACUUAAUAAGGCAGGCGCUGGCUGGAGGCUUUCUAAUGCCAAGACCAAUUGAGAAUCAAUUCUAAACACAAGCAUUCCUCGCCUGUGACGCUUCACACUGAAGUGAGUUUUCUAUAUGGACUUGUAUAGAUUCGACUAAGAUAAAUGGACAAUAUAUCCAUUAUGCACUGAGCCAAUAUGUAAAUAUUGUAUGGAGUUUAGCAGUUUUUAUUUUUCUUGAUGCGAGAAAGACUGCUUUCUUUGGCAAAGCUCUUGUGUUUAAUAUUCUGCAGCAGUCUGUUCUGCUCUUUUGAAGCACUUAGACACAAAUGGGACUGCGACCAAAGCUCCUCGGUAUCCUUCUCUUACUUGAUAUCCUUCAGGCUGAAAAGUCACUCCUUUGCUGUACUUGAGCAAAUACUUAUAAUAGUGUUUUUUUUCCUAUUGCCCUUUGUGUCUGAGACAGAAAAACAGUACUGUGUAAAAGAAUCCUCUGUUUGUUACACUAACAGAAAAACGUUUGUGUUGUUUAACACGGUUUGGAUUUCUUGUCCCGAGUUUAAAACCUCCUAAGCAGCACAGUCAUAUGACCUAAUAGUUGAGUGAAGUCUCACUAUCGUUGGCAUUGCAGUCAUCAUGUGGUUCAGGCCACACAUUGCUGCAGCCAAGACCUAUUAUGACUAUAGCCCUGCUGCUAGCCACCAGAAAUCUGUAGGACAGAUUUAUUCUUUGCACACUCAUGAUUAGUGAAAUCCAUCCUCCACCUCCUGUCCGGAGUAACACUUAAGAAAAGUUUGAGCUUGCCCACAUUGUGUGCCCACUUAAAGCAAGAUACAUGUUUGUGGAAAGGAGGAAGAAAGUCAAAUAUGUUGUUAUCCAGCUUGUGGUUCCCUCUUGAAAUUAUUCCAGGUCAUUUUUCUGCUUUGCUAAGUUUGUUUGCACUGAGCUAUACUUUAUGGUCGCAGUUUGUCUUACUGUCUGUGUCUGUCUCCUGGUUUCAAUAUGAGAGUCCAUCUGAAUCUGCCUCUCCUGCCCAACCUGUGUGCUCUAAACCCCCGAUUAUAGAUGUUUUUCACGGAUAUUAGGGAAUAAAAAUCACGGCUCUGCUUGCUUCCUGAGCCACUUUGUUCCAGAUCAACUAUUCAGAGCUGAUUUGUUCCCCCACAUACCCAACCGCCACAUAAUAACACACUUUUGCACACACAUGCACUAAAUGAUUCCCAGGCAUACACAGCCCAGAAGCAGCAGCACAGUGGUGGCUGGUGUUUCAGAUGAAAGUAGGUGAGUAUCUGCGUGCUCAUCUCUAAUCCCUGGUUAUGACUGCAGUUUGUAUCCUGCUGCCCUUCCCCCUUUAUCUCCCACUAUAUCUCUUACAGGCAGUGUGGCUCGCAAUCAAUUCAUUUCUUUCUCUUCCCUGAGAAAUACAGCCAGCUGUUAAAAGUGUAGCUCACAGCGUGCAAAGUGUGAAAGCUGCUGUCUAAGUUGUACUAUUCUUUAAGGCUGUGUUUAACCCUUUUGUGAAGGUGUUAUGUUUUGUUUGGACUGUUUACUCUAUGCUUUAAUACCACUGUUCCUGAAUGCAUCUUGCUACCAUUGAAAUACAAAAAUGGCGGGUUAUAACUCAGUUUGUUUCUUAUGGUGCUUUGGCGAACCUGCCAGUUGUCAAACCAAUAAACCACUCUGGAAUUAAA